UACGCAAGUCGCUGACAACAAGAUGGCUGACAACAAGAUGGCUGAAAAGAUGAACAAAAACCUUGUUCAUGUCUUGGACACCCCACAAUGCAAUGGAGAAAAUUCCCAGAAUUCUAACGAUUAUACAGAGAUGACUCCCCAAUCAGUGUUCGGUAAUCAGCUGAAUAACUUGGAUGAGAACCUCUCCAAUGACAUCCGAAACCAAGAAGAAAAACUGACGACUGGUGUCCUGAACAUCUGCAACGUGAUCGCUACUGCUUUUCCCGAAGACAACUUCAUGAACCACUACGUCAGAGAGCAGAACGUGAUGAAUACUCAGGAACACAGAAAGAACUUGCAGAAGCAUGUGUCUGACCUCCUGAGCAGCUUGAGGACCAGCAUCUCAACUGGGGAAGAGGGUGUUGAUGAGGAGGGGCUGAGCAACUCAUUAGUGAGUCUGUACCUCAAGCUCCACUCCAAGCUGACACCACAUCAGUUGAAGAAAGUCAUGGAAGCUAUUGGAAGGGAAGGGAGGCAACUCAUGCGGGAAUCCAGCAUCCUGUCCAAGGGAGGCGACUCUGACUUGAAGGAAGGAGGGGAGAAGAUCUGUGGAAGAAAAGACCAUUGUGACAUCUGUAAUGGGUCUGGUUCAUUGGACCAUGAUGAGCGUGAGGAGAAGGUGGCGUUUGAUGUCAUGGGGAAGAAUUGGGAAGAUACGGAAGUGUCCUCUGUUGGUGAAAAAUACAAGUCUACGGAGGAGAAUUGUAGAGAAGAUGUCCUUGAUGAGGUGAAGGGUCAAGAGGAAGUGGAGGAAGUACUGGAAGAAUGUGAUGCUGUAACGAGGCAUCCAGGCAAUAGACCAGAAACAAGGGAUUCAGUGUUGAAGGAAGCAGUUGAGAAAGCAUCGUGUGAGGAAACCAAGGACUCUAUUGACGCAGCCGAUAAGGCAGGUGAGGAGUCCAUGGAGAAGGAUAUCCAGGAGGAUUCUAACGAGGAUGAACAGGACUUGCUUGAAGAAGUUGAUGAACUUGAUGAUGGCCCACAGGUAGAACAGAAGGAAGAUGUGAGAUCUCCUUUUGACAAGCAGUUCACUUUUCCAGCUCCAUCGCUUUACAUACUCCAGUGGUAUCAGUUUUUGAGGAAGAGAUCUCUUCAGAAGAAGAUGAAGAAGUGGAACAAGGCAACAUACUUGGGAAAACCUGGUCGUGUUAAGAAGCAUUUGAGGAUUGACCCAGAUGGACCUUGUGAAGUACCUGGAACAAACCCGGACCCUUAUUUGCGACCUUUGACGAAGUUAGCAUCAACUGCAGAUGAAUACAGAGAUGAGAAGCUGGAUUUGAGAGUCGGGUAUUACCGAGCAAGGUCAUGCAUGAACACAGAGGGAGGGGGAGGUAACUCUUCCCUGGGCGGACGAAGCGGCAGCUCUGAUGGCUCUUCUUCAAACAGAACUGGCCGAGGCAGCGAUAGACAAGAUUCGGAUGGCAGCAACAACUCGAAUAAUCCCGAUAAUAAUAGAAGAGGCCAUGACCGACAUCCCCCAGACGACAACCUACCCGGACCUCAACACCUCCUUGUGGAAGCUGACAUACCCGGACAAGACUACAAGGCGGUCCGCAAAAAACAUGCAGACAUGUCAGAUGAAAUGCUCAUUGACUUGCUUGGCUCAUUGAGCCCGGAUACAAGUCCCAGCAUGCAUGGAGACACUGGCUUGCUGAAUGACGUGAACCACUGCAUGCUGAUAGUCCUGCAUGAUCUGUCCAGCCAGUCCGACGUCUACUGCUCCAUCUGCAACGUCCUGCACUACCUCUUCAACCACUUCGCCCGGUGCCAGCAGUUGUACAGGAGGUGCAAUAUCUGUUGGCAGGUGCACCGACUCUCCCUCUACCAUGUACACAGCUGUCUCCAAUCACAGAAGACGGCCAGGGAAUCAUCGUCCGACAUCUGUCAGCAACUCCUCGAAACUGUGACCUUCAAAGUUGAGCUGGUUCAGAGUAGGAGCGAACAGCUGUUCUUGAAGAUGAAGAAAUAUGUGGAUAAGGUGCUCCAUCCUUAUGGUCUCCAUGGCAGCGGGUCCUUGGGUAUGUACAGUAUGUCCGAGAAAGGAGACGGCUCAUCAGUGGCUUCGGGUCAGAGUCCAGCAGCAUCUUUGACCUCGGAUGAUUCGAUGCCCUCGGCGUCAUCAGCAAGAGCUCCUCAGGUUCCGACUGUGUCACCUGUUGCUGCAUCUUCCUUUGGCGGUCAGUUCAGCCGGUCAGGAUCUGGCCGAAACUUUCAACCGUCUUUGAAAAGAAUUCUGGAAAGCCCUGGACAUGACGUCGCCUCACUGAAAGUGAACUGGAAACCACGGGGACGAGGACGCUUGAGCAGACAACUGUCAAAUGAGACUGCUUCUGGUGCUUCAAAAUAUGCCGACAAUUCCAUCCCAGGGUCUAAAUCGGAUGAUGGACCUAGCAUGGAGCCUGUUAGAUAUGCCAGAAAGACUGACAUGCCUCAAGGGUCUAUUGGAGAACUGGCUGGAGAGGGCUACCUUUCGCUCCCAACAGGACCUGCAGAUGGUGGCAGCAGUAGAUCCUCAAUGGGUAAUUUUGAUGACUUUUCCAUAGCAACAUCAGUCUCUUCGGGACAGAAUGAUGAGGAGCCCUCAGCGGAGGAUGUCAUCUACGACAGGUACAAGCCAAUGAUGGACACACAUGGUGGCAUCUUCGAACCCGAGGCUCGACCUUACAGUACCGAGGGGGAGGUGGAUAAGAUUUAUGGUGUGUCUGGAGCAAUGAGUCUGCCCAUCAGGUCCACCUUUCAGGGUGAACAUGACCAGAACAUCUCCCUGACAACGGCGCCAACGGGCGAGCCUGGGAUCGGUGAGGUUGUAUACGGGACCAGGCGGCAGCUGAAGAAGGUGGCACGGUUCUGGGCCAACAUCCGGCGCCAAGUGGACCACGAGGCGUACAAGCACCAAAUGCGGGAGGAAGGAGUCAUUCUGGAGUCGGCAAAGAAGCACCUUCGAAUCCUGCGAACACGCUACCAGAAGAAGAAUCAAUGGAUGCGUCUUGUCCACCUUGGAAAUGGUGUCGCUGGCAAGUGUCACCUGGCGCGUGAUUCAACCACAGGAUUCAGCUUCUGUGUCAAAAGGGUUCACAUUGCAAAAUAUGAAGAAAAUGAGCUGGUCAUUUGGUGUGACCUUGACCACGCAAACAUCGUCAAACUCUACGGCGCCAUCCGACAUGGACCAAAAAUCUACAUCCUCUGUGAAUUCGUUGAUGGCGGCAGUCUGACGUCACUCAUCAACGAGCAGCGGAGUCUGAACCGGCGCCUGAGUCACUGGAUGUGUCUGCGCUACUUCAAGCAGCUGCUGCAGGUGUUGGUGUAUCUCAAGACAUGCAAUGUGCUGCAUGAGGACCUCAAAGCGGACAACAUCCUGGUGAAGAGAAACACCACCCUGAUAGCGGUCACCGACUUCGGGCUGGGGAAGUACCUCAACGUGGACAGCGAGAUGAAGGGCAUGAGUCCCACAGGCAGCCAGACACAGUGGAGCCCCGAGAAGGCCACCAGUAUCGGCCACGGCUUCGCUGCGGACGUGUGGGCCGCCGUGUGCAUCCUCGUCCACAUGUUGAGUGGCUACCCUCCCUGGACACAGAGGUUUCCUGGGGCUCAGAUGCUGCAUUUUGUGAUCUUCAUGCAGUCCCCGCCACUAGAUGACGUCCCAGCCAACAUCCAGGAAGUGGUGCGGGAUCUCAUCACCCAGGGAUUCACCGUCGACCCCAAGCUGAGACCCCCUGCAGCCAGCCUCCUGAAGCACCCAGCCUUUAGGGUUCUAGAACAAGGAGCCCCUACCAGCUACUACUCCACCCUUAAGAGCACUGGUCAGCCCCUCCCGGACAAUCAGCUGGACCCCACCGAGGCGAGUGGACCACAGGAGCUGGAGGAGAUUCUGUCCAGCCUGUCAGCUCGAUCUCAGGCAGCUCCACAAGGCUCCAGACAGCCAUCCUUGUCAGAGAGAAGGCUGCCAUCUGUGGAAUUCCGAGUUAGCGAAGGAAGUAGUGGGUCGAAUCUUGGGUCGGGUUUAGCUAAGCACAACUCAAGUGAGGUUGUGUAUCAGAGGAGUGGUGUUGCUCCUGUCCCUGCUCUGCCCACGGCGUCAUCCGACACUGAGCUUCAACAAGACGAACAUGAUGGCCAGAGGACUUUGAGUCGUUCUGCGGGUACCGCAUCUGUUGAUAGCCUCUGCGCCAGAAGUCCAGAAGCUCCUGGUGCCUGCGAAGAUCACACUGGAGAAGGCAAUCAAGCUUUUUCAGAGGGACAUCCACAGGACCUGGCAAACCUGCCCACUGUCCUUCAGGGUUCCUUACAUGACAUACCUGACGGUGUGACCGGAAAGACAUGGUCAUUCUCCACAUCCUUUGAAGAUUCGGACCAGCAUAUUCAGAGCUUCCUGAGUGAUAUUGUUCCCAGAGUGGAAUUUCUGCAGCCUUCACAAGCACUACAUGAAUACAGGCCAUGUGAGAGGACUCCAUUUGAUAACAUGCCUCGACUUUCGGUGUUGUUGAACAACAAUCAGCUUACAUUCAGUGGAAUAACACUUGAUGAACAGAAUACAAUGACAGGACAGGAAUAUGAAGGGACUCCCUGUGCUGCUGGAGGGGAUGGAUCAGGCCAGUCCUCAGGAGACAGGUCAUCCAAUCCAGGGCAGUCCUCAGGAGACAGGUCAUCCAAACCAGGGCAGUCCUCAGGAGACAGGUCAUUCAAACAAGGACAGUCCUCAGAAGACAGUUCAUUCAAACCAGGGCAAUCCUCAGGAGACAAGUCAUCCAAACCAGGGCAGUCCUCAGGAGACAGGUCAUCCAAACCAGGGCAGUCCUCAGGAGACAGGUCAUUCAAACCAGGGCAGUCCUCAGGAGACAGGUCAUCCAAUCCAGGGCAGUCCUCAGGAGACAGGUCAUUCAAACCAGGGCAGUCCUCAGGAGACAGGUUAUCCAAUCCAGGGCAGUCCUCAGGAGACAGGUCAUUCAAUCCAGGGCAGUCCUCAGGAGACAGGUCAUUCAAACCAGGGCAGUCCUCAGGAGACAGGUCAUCCAAUCCAGGGCAGUCCUCAGGAGACAGGUCAUCCAAUCCAGGGCAGUCCUCAGGAGACAGGUCAUCCAAUCCAGGGCAGUCCUCAGAAGAGUCAUCACUUGAGGGCCUUACGUCCUCACCCUUGCUAAGGGUACAACAGUCCCCCGAAACAGGAGUAGCUAUGAAUAGUGAGGCACAAGACAGCCCAAUGAGAUUCACCCCGUUAUCUGCUCUUCAGUCAACGCCUAAUACUUCCCCAAUAGAGAUGAGAGUCAAUCCAAGUCCACAGGACGACCUCGGCCCAAUGAGCUUCUAUCCUCCAACUGGCUUUUAUGAGGAACACAUUGACAGCUCCGACUUGUUCGGUGACGGUUCAAUCCAGGGCAGUCCUCAGGAGACAGGUGACGGUUCAGAAGAAGCAAGUGCAGUUGAUUAUAUAGAUGUGAAACCUGAGACAAGUGGCAACCAUGACGACCCAUCUCUAGAAUCCAUGGAGGACCCUUCAGCUCACAGUGAAGCAGAAGACGUCACUCAGAGACAGGACUUCGAUUUUUCUGGAGCAGCAGUCACUGCUUCUCCUCAGGCGAUACGAAAAUCAAGGCCGCCAUCUAAAAGUGUGACCAGUUUCUUUCGGGGUACACCUGAUUAUGCUGUGGAGACCUCCAAGACAAAAGAUUGUCCUAUUGAAUCGGAAAGCAUCGAUAUCCCUGGACCAGGAAAUGGAAGUCGUCCAUGUGAAGAUGUCGUAUAUGCAAGGAAACAAGAUGGUGGCCGGUCCCUGGAGAAGAAGAACCCAGGACUCACCAUUGAUGUCACCUGUACUGCAACAAAGAAGUUGGCUUAUAAAAGAUAUCAAUCCACGCCAGCAGAGAGUAAGCCCAGAUCUCCCCCAAAUGGCAAGCAGCCACAGAGUGAACCAAUGCAGAACAGAACCAGCAGUGGGAUGGUGAAGAAAGUGGAAGGUAGUUCGGGGCUGGGAGUGAGCCUCCCUUGUCAUCCUCCCUCCGAGCCUUGUCUCAACUCAGGCCGCAGCAGUGAUACGUCAGGAGUGUUCCUACCAGACAAGGGACGACUGUCCUCCACAGAGUUCAGCCCGAAGUCGCUGUAUGACCACCAAGAGAAGGAAUUCAGCGCCCUUGGCAAGGCCUCCCAGUCCGAUCUGUCUGGGCAGGAACAUGAGGACAUGAUGGCUUUGGGGGACAUUCCUGAUGAGGGAAUUCCGUUCCCCAUCCUUGAUCCCGAACACGAGUCAUUUGAGAACCAACUGCUGUCUGUCCAAAAGAACCUGAAGGCUGAAGCUGACAUUUCAGAAUUUGGAUGCAAGCUGUACCUGAUCAGAGAAAAUGGUGAAAGUGUGAAGCAGAUCCUGGUGCCUCUUCAUUACGAAGAAUGGGGAAAACUGACCGACACAAUUCGGCAAGCGGUGAGGGAUAUUCUUCGUUUUGACCACUACACCCUGAAGGACAUUGAUGGAAGUCCAGUCAACUACAACAGCACACUGUACAAGACAGAUAGGAAGGUCAUGGUGUGUUGCCUUGAGGCAGGGGAGACAACUGAAGGAUGCUGGUGUGAUCAACACGAAUUACAACUCAUGCAUUUUGCCUGAUGUCUUUCGUCUGUGAAAGGGGCUGGUAUUCCAUGGUCAUGACUUGGUUGAUGCAUGUCACCGUAUCCCAAUUGCGUGGAUCGAUGCUCAUGAUAUCAAUCACUGGCUUGUCUGGUCCAGAUUCCAUUAUUUUCAGACCACCGUCACAGCUGCAAUAGUGUUGAGUGUGGCGUUAAACAAAAAACAAACAAACAACACAGGGACGUACAGGAUGUCCCAUCAUUCUACUUGGAUGCAAGAGUGGCCCAGCUGUCUAUGGCACUAUAAUUCACUGUGCAGAGUUGCUUCUCUUUGCCGUGUCUGAUACCUAACAUCGUGGCUUUGAUGUAACCAAUAUGCUGUUCAGAACAGCUUUAAACCAAAUAUAUAUAAGACGUCAAUACCUGAGAAUUAUUAGUCUGGAUUAUCAGCCCAUACGUUGUAAAAGGAAAAUACUGGUGAAAAUUGCAUAAUUGGAUAUUUAUAAUCUGUGAUGACACCCGGCGUUCGUGAAAAGGGUAGGCAUGUCCUGCUCCAUUUCUUGAGACCCUGAAAAUGUAUCUAGUAUCCUGAAUUUCUACUUAGCCGAUUCCAAUUGUCAUGAAUCAGAUGAUAAUUAAUUAAGAUGGACACAACUGGCUCGGCAUGAAUCUAACUUCUUUCCUUUCCUUUCUACAGGUAGGCUACUUAAUGAAAUUUGAAUGUGAAUGUGUUUGCAAUUAUGUCUUUCUGGUCACAGACUGUGAUAUUUUUUCGAGAAGGACUUACCUUUCAUAUGCAAGGUCGUUUUGUAGAUUGUAGGAUUGAAACCUUGAGAUCAUUCAUAAGAUAAAAACCAUUAUAAAGUAUUUGAAACCUACUACAAUGAUUUAUAUUUUGAUUACAUUAAAACCAGAUUUCCAUCGUCAA